CCACAAGGUCGCCAAUACUUUGAAAAAAUCUAGCGUGAUGGGUAGAAUGAAGAAAAAGCAUACUAAAGGACAGGUUGUAGCCUUCCUCAGUCAAAAGCAGGCAAUGAGGCGAUUGCAGUUAAAUCUUCCUAAUUUCAGACGGCUUUGUAUAUUGAAAGGAAUAUACCCGGUGGAGCCCAGAAACCGAAAGAAAGUCGGUAAAGGGAAUUCCCAGCCAAGGAUCUAUUACAAUGCUAAGGAUAUUGCAUUCCUUUCCAACGAGCCUUUGAUUGAAGCCUUCCGGCGAUUGCGUGUUUACCAUAUGAAGCUUAAAAAGGCUAAAGAGAAGAGAGAUAAAGAUAAGCUAUUCAGAAUCAGAGUAAACAAACCAAAGUAUACUCUACAUCAGAUCGUCAGGGAGAGAUAUCCUUCCCGGCAAGAUGCUCUACGAGAUAUUAGCGAUAGUCUUAACUUGUUGUUUCUUUUCGCGAAGCUACCUCGACUAACUCAGUUCCAUCCUGCCUUGAUCCCCAUCAGUCGGCGUCUCUGCGUGGAGUUUCUCAACUUGGUUGUAACAACACAAGCUGUUAGAAAAGCUUUUAUCAGUAUAAAAGGAUUUUAUGUUCAAGCUGAGAUUGAUGGAAUUCCAGUUGUUUGGAUUAUGCCCCAUGCUUCUGUAACUCACACACCUACUGAUGUAGACUAUCGUAUUUUAGCAACGUGUUUGGAAUUUGAUGCCACUUUAGUUGGCUCUUUGAUGUGCCAUUUGUAUCGAAUCAACAAUUUAGCAUAUCCCCCGAAACUUGCUAUUCGCGUCGAACAUGACCCGGAUGGUUACUACUGCGGGCAAAAGGAAAGCCUUUUCGAGUUUAUGUCGUCUCUUAGUUUCCCUUUAAAGCGCCUGGAACCUAAUGCAGAAACACCCGAUGAUGAUAUGACAGAGCUUCAGGCUAUCGAUGAACAGGUUUCACAGGCUAUAAAUAAACAACUGGAAGUUCAAAACAUAAAGAAACUAUUCAAGAACAAACGUUUCUUCUUGAUGCGUGAAGUUCCUCGAGAAGUAAUUUGCUUGAUAAUACGAUCGUGUGGCGGAGAGUGUUCUUGGGAUAAAAUUCUUUGUCCGGGAGCCACGUUUCAAGAGGAUGAUCCUAGCAUUGAUUAUCAAAUUGUAGAUCGUCCGAUGACGGAAAUGAAAUUAACACGAUACUAUGUCCAACCUCAGUGGGUUUUCGACUGCUUAAACGCAGGUAGACUGCUGCCUACACAAGAUUACCUUCCAGGUUGUAGUCUUCCACCUCAUUUGAGUCCGUUUGCAGGAAGCAGUAGUACAGAUGAAGCCUUAAACGCCGCAAUCACCUCACUUACAAACCGUGGUGGACUAACGGGUGUUGCUCCUGGACUUGGUGACGGUGCAUCUAUUUAUCGCCCACCAGAGGCUGAUUAUCUUGCUGGUUUGGUGAGCUUAGCUGAAAUACGUGGAGCAAGAGUGCAAGCACAGUCAGAAGGCACAACUAAAGAUGAAACAGCUUUAGAUGAUAACGUGGACGUAUCUAUGAAAGAGGAAAGUGACUUGCAAACCGAUGGGCAAAAAAAGAAACGAAACAAGCUUAACAAAGUAACGAAAGGUAUGCAGCCAAAGAUAACACCUGGUCGAGCUGAAAGUAAUGAAGCCAAGAAAUUCAAAGAAAAUGAGGAAGCAAAUGCUGAACGAAAACUAAGAGAAUUGAUGUUGCCGAAAAAGCACAAGAACGUGUACAAAAAGAUGGUUCAUUCGAUCAAAAGAAAAGAAAAGGAAGUUCGUCAGUUAGCAGCAAAGAGACGAAAAAUCGACAUGGGGACUGAUUAAAACCUGUCGUCAUGGAGAGACAGCUUGUACAAUAAAUUAAAAUACAAAAAUAAUCUAAACUUCCCAUGUUUUGUUUUCCAUUCUGUCGCUAUGCGGUCUUCACCAUUCAAUGCUUUGAAGAAGCUCUUCCAUUUUUUUCGCACUCGUAAAUAGCUUUUCUUUUUCAUCUUCAUCUAAUUGUUGUAACAUUAUACCCCUAACUCCGUUUGCAUUCACAAUACACGGCAGACUGAAGAA